GUUCUCUGUCUUUAGCCGCAAGUAUAAGAUCCUAGGAGAUGGCGGUACUAGCGAUGCGACCAUAUUUUUUUGGUUUGUCAUUUUGUCUGCUAGAAAUUACAACCGCCUUUUUUUCUCCACAUCGACACCCACUCUCAGCGGAGAACAAGCGAAUGGCUGCGAACACAAAUCCUCUGCAGACACCCUCCUGGUCUAGAGUAGCGACUCUGCUACUCGGAAACACAAACGCUUCAAUGUUUAACGUUGCUGAUUUUGGUGCAAAAGGAGAUGGGAAAACAGACAAUACGGCAUCGUUUCAAACCGCACUGAAUUUUGCUGGCCAAGCUAAAGGAGGAAUAGUACUGAUUCCUGCUGGCAUGUUUUUGUUCACUGGAAAUUUGUCAGUACCUCAAGCUGUUGUUCUGCAAGGGGUCUACAGGUAUGCAAACAUACCUACACUAAGGGGAUCAAGUGUAGUUGCAGUUAUUGUUGGCCAUGUUCACACUGGUAGUUAUAGCAUAGUUAUGCAACUGUAGCUAAUAACUUAUAUAUUGGUAGUUCGGUAACUAUGGUAUAGUUAAUUAGGCGGUUGUUCACACUAGCUUGAACUUGCAUGGUU